AUCUUGAUGAGAACCGAUUGCAUUGCACUGCUCGGUUAGUCGAUAUGCUGAAUUCAUUUGCAAAUGAGCUUCAAAACUGUGAUGAAAUUAAUGCUACCAGAUAUUUUCUUAUGGAUGAUGAUGUUUCUGUUCACUACUUUUGGGAACAUGCUGAAGCCAUGACGACUUUAAGAGCUGCAUACAAAAUAGGAGACACUUGGCUCCCAAAGCAGGUAGCAUUUAUUCAAUCUAUGGGAAAUGAGAAAGCAAAUAGUUAUUGGGAAGCAGAAUUACCUCCAAAUUAUGACAGAGUUGUUGAAAACUUCAUUCGUUGCAAGUAUAAAGACAAGAGAUGGGUUGCAAAGGAUACUAAGCCAACAUCACCUUCUAAACUGCCAGAAUAGAAAAGUCAUUCACAAUGGCAAAAAUCUGUUGAAAGAGUUGGUCAUAAUUAUGUUGCAGUGAAUACUUUUGAAGAAAGGAGGAAAAUCCAACAAUCAAAUGCAAAUCCUGCUACUAGAAUUAGUAUUCUUUUUCCUCCUAAAGGACAUGUUCAGGUAGCUCCAGUGGCAAAACAUCACAUUAUUGAGAAAGUGGAACCUCUAGUGCCACAAGUGCAAGCUGAAACAUCACUUUUCCAACACUGUUUCAUGGAAUUUUACAAGGUGUUAGUAAGGAGCUUUGAGCUGCAAUCAGAAUGGAAGUUGGCAAUGCAGUAUUUUGCUAAUACCUUUUAUUUAAGGAUGUUAGUUGUCUACAACCUUGAGGACAAGGUUGUUUUUGAAGGGGUUGGUAAUGAUAGGGAAGAGAAAUUAUUUAGAUAAAUAAUUUAGUUAUUUAAAUGAAUACCUAAUUUAUAUUAGUAAUACUUUUAUUUGUAAUUGGGCUUUUUAUAGUGCUUG